AGAAAUAUCGGAAAUGUAAGACAUUUAAACCCUCUACGACCACAUGGCACAUCCAGUGCUUCAAGACACAGAUGGGGAGGAAAGAGCUGGGCGUCCUCCAGCCAGGAAAUGAGGCAGGCUCCUAUGAAUGAAAGAGUGGACCGCCACCAGCCAGGAAAGGAGGGGAGGAGCAGGUACACCUGUGCAAGACUGAAGGGGAGGAGCCGGUACACCUGUGCAAGACUGAAGGGGAAGAGCCGGUACACCUGUGCAAGACUGAAGGGGAGUAGCCGCUACGGGGAGGAACCAGUACACCUGUGCAAGACUGAAAGGGAGGAGCCGGUACACCUGUGCAAGACUGAAGGGGAGGAGCCGGUACACCUGUGCAAGACUGAAGGGGAGGAGCCGGUACACCUGUGCAAGACUGAAGGG